ACUGUCACUGUCAGCAGAAAGUCUGACCUCUGUUGGUAAAAGAGAGACAGUGUGGUGGCAGCCAUUAACUGACUCUCCUGACAUCUCCUUAGUAACGACUGGGUUCAAACAUUGCAGCUCAGUACAUCUGACACAUGAAGGCACAGAGCAGAAUCUAAAGCAGAGUAUGUGCGAAUAGCUAAAAAUCAGUUUGCAAUGGAGUCUGAAGACAGUUACCUUGCUGCAAUAAAAGAAGUAGCCUGCACUUUAGUGGAAACAACAAUGAGAAAUGUGGAGGGAUAUUUCCAGACUAAAUACAGACCCCCUCUUCAGGAAACUGAUAGACACAUGGCCAAGAACAUUACAUGGACUCCUUGCAAAGACUUUACUGUGGAGCUGGGAAUGAAGCAAAUUGAAGAGUAUAUUUCAACGUGGGAAUUCCAUGAAAGCUGGUUACACUGUAUAGACUUCCUAAAAGAAGAGGAGGUGGAAUUUAGUAAACUUUACCAUUACAGAACGAGGUGGAGCAUCCCAACCCGCAGAAAACCUAUUCCCAGAGCCACUGCAUGUGUCUACUUUACUAUACAGAUCUCCAAAAUUAAACCAUUGGUUCUACCAGUGGAAGUAUUUUUCAUCUUUGAAUCAACCAGACUUGUACACAGACCGGGACAGUCAAGAUUUAGAGAAAAGUGGUUGAAAGACAUUAUUGAAAGCAAGCUGAUAAUGAUGGAGAGCAUUACUUUUUAAAUGGAUUGUUCCACAGGACUUUGCACCUUGGAUAAAGAGUUAAUACUACAGUCAUCUCGGUUGUUACUUGUGUAAUCUAUUAAUUUGUACUGGUAUCUUGGGGACGGGCCGCCUUACUUAUUUAUAUACUGGUCAUUUUUAUUGUGGGGAGGUGCCAUACAGUUACGAUAUAUUGGCCAGUAUACCCACAUUAUAAUAAAAAGACAGACAUUUGCUACA